CGCCGCCCGCUCUCCUGUCUGAAUCGGCUGAAGGAAACAGAAAAACUCCUGCCGAAGGACUGAUCUCCACGUGACACACGAUUAUAAGAUGGCGUUUAUUAAAGAGGAGAGUGAGGACCUGAAGAUUGAAGACACAUUCAGACUCAAACAAGAAGAUCCGCAGGAACAAACAGACCCACUGAAUUACCUAAAUAAGGACACCAAGAUACUGAAUAUAACAGAGGAAGAUCUGAAUAAGAAAAACUUUGAUUUCUUUGAAGAAACAGAAUCGUUUAGUUUCUCACAAACUGAAAAGCCUCAAAAAAGAGCUCAAAUGACAGAAACCAGAGGCGACUUCUCAUGUCUGCAAUGCGGGAAGAGUUUCAAUCAUCACAGAAAUCUUAAAGUCCACAUGAGAGUCCACAACGGAGAGAAACCUUACAGCUGCCGUCAGUGCGGAAAGAGUUUCACUCAGAACUCAACCCUUAAGCAACAUACGAGCGUUCACACCGGAGUGAAGCCGUACACCUGCCAUCAGUGCGGAAAGAGUUUCACUCAGAACUCAACCCUUAAACACCACAUGAGCGUUCACACCGGAGAGAAACCUUACACGUGCCAGCAGUGCGGAAAGAGUUUCACUCAGCAAGGAAGCUUUAAAAGACACAUGCGGAUUCACACCGGAGACAAACGUCACAAGUGCAAACUGUGCGAGAAGAGUUAUAAUCAAAAAGCACACCUUGAUGCUCACAUGAGGAUUCACAGUGGAGAGAAACCGUACAUCUGCCAACAGUGUGGAAAGAGAUUCACACAUAAACACACUCUUAAAGUCCACAUUCAGAGAGUUCACACCGAAGAGAGAAAGCUUAAGUCGCAGCUGAACACUCGCACCGAAGUAAAUUCUUAUGUAUGCCCUCACUGUGGAAAGAGAUUCAAACAAAUAGGGGGCCUUAACAGGCACCUGAGAGUCCACACCGGCGAGGGCUCCUACACCUGCACAUUGUGUGCUAAACAUUUCUUCCACAAAGGAAACCUGGAGGUUCACAUGAGAGUUCACACUGGAGAGAAGCCGUACACCUGCUCCCGAUGCGGAAGGAGGUUUUCACAGAAACCGGCUCUUACCGUCCACAUGAGGAUUCAUACCGGAGAGAAGCCCUACACCUGCACACAGUGUGGACUGAGCUUCAUUUAUAAAAGAAACCUUACAAAACACAACACAACUCACAUCUCUUAGAGAUCCUUUUAAUCCCAGUCUACAUGAUUUAGAUUCACUUGGCGCAGUGGGUAACACGAUUGCCUCACAGUAAGGUUCGCCUCACGCUGGUUCGAGCCUUGGCUGGGUCACUUGGCAUUUAUGUGUGGAGUUUGCAUGUUCUCCCUGUGUUGGUGUGGGGUUUCCCCAACAAGUCCAAAGACGUGGUAUAGGUAAAUUGGGUAAGCUAAAUUAUUCGUACUGUAUGUGUGUGAAUCAGUGUGUAUGGGUUGCAGAUGUAAGGGCAUCCACUGUGUAAAAUAUAUGCUGGAUAAGUUGGCGCUUCAUUCCGCUGUGGCGACCCCAGAUUAAUAAAGGGACUAAGCCGAGAAGAAAAUGAAUAAAUGAAUUAGGAAAUUGGGGAUAAACUUAGACUUGGGAUAUUGUAAACCCUGAGCAUUCAAUGUAGGAUAGAAAAGGUUGCCAAACCUAAUAAGACUUUUAUGUAGAGCCUCAGAUGGUGUAUUUAAGGUGCUCAAGUUUAAGACGUGAUAACACUUCUAAUGUCCAGUGUUUCAAGAGUUCACACUUAGCUGAUGAUCCAUCAAAAGCUUGUUUGGCAUGCUGUCCCGAAGAGAGCCCCGAGCUCAAGGGAUCCUCGAGCCCAUGGCUUCCUCCCACUUGCAGCGCUAGAGGGGAGCCUGAGCUCGGUGAAUCUCAGAACUCCCCAUCUGCAGUAGCUAGGGAACACGCGAGGAAAAAAGGGGGCUAGACAAAUGCUUGAUUGGUAUGCAUGAUGUAUGUCUUUGGAUGGUGGGAGGAAACUGGAGAACCCAGGGAAAACCCAGGGAAAACCCACGCGGACACGGGGAGAAUAUACAAACUCCUCACAGAAACACCUACCGACCUGGCAGGACCAGGGCUGGCAGUGUUCUUGCUGUGGGGCUAACAGUGCUAACCACUGGGCCUCCGUGCCGCCCGAUCUACAGUGAAGGAGGAGAAUGGGGAGGAAGGGGGGUUUCUUCCAAACGAAGAUAAAGUGGACUGAAGACUGUGGUUAUUUAUAGUAGCUUAUGGCUCAUAUGAUUGGAUGAUACUGAUUAGCUUAAUACGAGACCGGCUGCGAUAAAUCAUAAGCACAUGAUCCUCUCGAAAUUAGUUUAUAAAUAAACCUCACUUGUGGAAUGGUAGGUUUGAUUUUUUUCACCUGAGAAGAAUUGGGCGUCUGGUCAAUAAUGAAGAGAAGGCAAUGUUUUCUACAUGAUUAGAUGACAGGUGCAUUUCUUCUGGGACUACACCAGUCUUGUCACCCUGUCUUGGAAAAAGAAGACACAACCUUCCAUCUCUCUAUUCCUCACUCUAAAAGAGUAGCCAUUGCCUUCUGAAAAUUGGCAACGAAUUCAGAAUACAGGACAAUUUUGCACCUUUUUGGAGUGGAUAUAACAAUGGCUUUGUGUUACACAAAGGAGUUCUGCGUAGCAUCUUGCUGACUGAACUCAUCCCUCUCCCCUCUGCAGAGUAACCUGCAGAAAUGGCAGCAUAUCUUGAAAGAAGAUUUGGGGGGCACAGAAUUGAUGGUUCACAUAUACCAAUGAUCACACCAAGGGAACACCACAAUGAUUAUGUGAAUCGCAAGGGUUGACACUCCAUUAUCUUACAGGCUGUUGUGGAUGGUAGGGGACAGUUCUGGAAUAUUUGUGUUGGUCGCCCAGGGAGCCUACAUGACGUCCAUCCGCUUAGACUGCCCAAACUGUGGGAUCUCUUCAACACAUUUUUACCAGCACACAAGACAAAUAGGAGGAGAGAAUCUAGGCCAGGGGUGGCGAACCCGCGGCUCGCGAGCCGCUUGCGGCUCUUUAACUGCUAUUGUGCGGCUCAACCUCUCGCGCGAUUUAACAUACAUUAACCAAUUGACUAAUGCCCCAUUCACACGGGGCUUCAGCGUUGCUCGCUGCAGAAGCUGGGAGUAGCUCAACUUUUCAAGCGCCAACGGAUGCGUCAGCCAAUCAGAUCGCUGUAUGCAAAUACACCUGCUAGACAGUGGCCUAUUGCUGACUGAAUUUCAUUUUCUGACGCUUCUAUGACGAUCGUUUCAGCUCUAACUUCAGACACGCCUUCAGUCAAGGGUUGACACUGAAGCCCUAUGGAAGGCCAUUGGGGCCAAAACGUCUGCAACAAACGCGUUUACACGUUAUUACGUGUUAACACGUAAUUUACGCGUUAACACGCAAUUACGCGUUAACACGUAGGUACGUGUUAACACGUGAUUUACGUGUUAACACGCAAUUUACGUGUUAACACGUUUUUU